AUGGAUCGGGUAGAUAUGUCUGCAUUAAGUAUAAAUGACGAUAGCACUUUUCCCGAAGAUGCUGAACGUAUACAAACAUCGCCUGCAUCGUCUGGCGAAAUAUCAACGAUGGAUGUAGAUACCAUCAGUGUAAAGAGUGAAGUUAAAAGUGCGAUAGAACCCAGAAGAUCUUCAAGAAAGAAGGCACCAAAGCGCCUCGUUUCUAUGGAAAACAAGGAGAAACAGAAAAAACCUGAUCCUAGUAAUGAGAAGGACAUAGAAAAAAUUUAUUUGAAUAAAAAUAUAAAGUUGACACAUCUUUCACUAGAAACCAUACCUGAAGAACCUCAAAAUGGAUGUGUUAUGACUAAAAAGAAAUUCAAGAGAAGGUUAAUAUUCAAACCAAACACUGAAAUAGUUAAUGUGAACAAAAUGAAGUCCAAGAAGAGAUGUGCAAGGGCCAAAAAGUUGUGUGAAUCUCUGAGGAAGAUCAAAAAGAAACUACCAAUGAACUUAUUCCUAGAAAAACUUUCUUGCUUAGAUAAUGAUGAAUGUAGUCAAGAAAAAGGACCAAGCAUUUACAUUCAAUAA